UUUACAUAUAGGGAAAAAAGGGGUCGGAAGAAUUUUUAUUUUUUUCCCCUGUGUGAGGGGGGAGUGUGGAAUGGCGAUGCGGGGUGUCGCGGUGGGGGAAUGGCGCUGUGGCUAAGGAGGAGCGGGCUCUCGGUGCUAGUCUCAGGCCCCGGGGCCUGCCAGAGUUGCCGCUGCGUCCGUCUCUAUCCCUCCCCCCCUCACCUUUCCAUGUUCAUUAUAUGAAACGCGAAAAAAGGGAGGGGGGAACCAUACAUAUAUAUAAUAUAUACAGAAAAUAAAAUGGCCGAGAACCUGCUGGAUGGACCGCCGUCUGCCAAGCGGCCCAAACUCAACUCGCCGGCGCUCUCCGCCAGUGACAGUACAGAUUUUGGAUCGCCAUUUGAUUUAGAAAAUGAUUUACCCGACGAGUUGAUCAGAUCAUCCGACCCUUUAGGACUGCCCAAUGGUGGCGAACUGAGCCAGUUGAAUAGCGGCAUUGGUCAAGACGCCGCUUCUAAACAUAAGCAGCUCUCGGAGCUAUUGCGGGCUGGCAGUGGCUCCAAUCUCACUGGAGGACUGGGCAAUGUGAAUUCCAGCAACAACCCAGGUAGAUCAAUGGACAGUCCUAGCCAGGGCCAGCAGAACAGCUCCAAUAUAAGCAACAUGGGCAAAAGCCCUCACAAUCAAGGGCUCACUUCACCUUCCAGUCUGGGGAUGGCUGCUAGUGGUUCAAGUUCUUCGACCCCUGGCUCUCAAGCACUGAACACACAAGCACAAAAACAUGGAGAGCAGAAACUUCAUAAUGCUGCCAACAGCAGCCCAGCUGCUCAGACUGGGCCAGGAGGAAUGGGCAUCAAUACCAAUCUGAGUCAUACGCAUCAAGCUCUAUUGAACAGCAGCAACAGCCAAGGUCUAAUGCAGCAGUCGCAGCAAGGACAGGGACAGGUGCUGAAUGGAUCACUGGGGGCUGCUGGCAGGGGUCGAGGGGGCAUGCAGUAUUCAAACUCUGGCCUAAGCAACUCUGGCAGUGUGUUAGCAGAGACAUUAGCCCAGGGAUCGGCACAGAUGGGUGCACACACGGGUCUAAACACACAGCAAGCUGGGGCUAUGACGAAAAUGGGGAUUUCGGGUAAUGCGAGCCUUUUUGGACAAGGCUAUGGCCAAGCUGGUGGUCAACAAAUAGGCGCUGCAGGAGUUGGACCUCAAUUACAAAACAAAAGCAAUCUUUCUAAUAGCCUGCCUCCAUUUCCAGCUGAUUUAAAAGGCACUCAAGUUACAAAUGUGCCAAACAUGUCGCAACAGCAGUCCCAGGUUCAGCAGGUAGGGAUGGUACAAGUACCAUCCCAGGUACCGACACAAGGAAUGACAUCUGCACCAACUGCAGACCCCGAGAAGCGCAAACUGAUACAGCAGCAGCUGGUCCUACUGCUUCAUGCCCACAAAUGUCAGCGGAGGGAACAGGCAAACGGUGAGGUGCGACCCUGUGCGCUGCCCCACUGUCGAACCAUGAAAAACGUCCUGAAUCAUAUGACUCACUGUCAGGCAGGCAAAUCCUGCCAGGUUGCUCACUGUGCAUCAUCAAGACAGAUCAUCUCUCACUGGAAAAACUGCACUCGACAUGACUGUCCCGUAUGUCUACCCCUGAAAAAUGCCAGUGACAAGAGGAAUCAGCAGACCCUAUUAGGUUCUCUGCCGAGUGGAUUACCAAAUACAGUGGGUGCAGUUGGAAGUGGUCCACAGGGCACAUCCACUAAUUCGAACCCUAUCGAUCCUAGCUCAAUGCAGAGAGCAUAUGCCGCACUUGGACUGCCCUAUAGUAAUCAGCCACAAGCGCAACCACAGCCUCAGGUACAAGGCCAACAGCCAGCACAGCCUCAAGUCCACCAGUCAAUGAGACCUAACCCAUUGGCAGGUACGAACCAGAUGAAUGUGGUAGGAGGGAUGGGUGUUCCAACCCCUGAUCAGUCAAACUUGAUGUCUGACUCUGCUCUUCCACCUUCCCUUGGUACACCAAAUCAAAUGAUGAGCGAUGGCACAAACGUUGGUAGCAUUGGCACGUUGCCGACAGCAGCACCUUCCACUAGUGCUGUACGAAAACCAUGGCAUGAACAUGUAACUCAGGAUCUGCGCAAUCACCUGGUUCAUAAGCUUGUGCAAGCCAUAUUUCCAACCCCUGACCCAGCAGCACUGAAGGAUCGUCGCAUGGAAAACCUUGUGGCAUAUGCUCGGAAAGUGGAAGGAGAUAUGUAUGAAUCUGCUAACAGCAGGGAUGAAUACUAUCACCUACUAGCAGAGAAGAUUUACAAGAUUCAGAAAGAGCUGGAGGAAAAAAGACGCUCUCGGCUUCAAAAACAGCAGCAGGGAAUGUUGCCAAACCAGGGUACCUUGACAGGACCGGGUGGCCAGCCACCUGGCAUGUCGCAGGCGCCAGGUAUGGCUCAGGUCCAGCCUGUCCGACCACCUAAUGGGCCCUUGUCUAUGCCAAAUGUGCCAAAUCAGAUCAUAAAUAGAAUGCCAGGGUCUCAAGGUAUGAACCAGUUUGGUUCCAUGUCAUUGGGGAAUGUGCAAAUGCCGCAGGGACCCAUGGGACCACGUGGAACACCUCCCAUGAACCAUACUGUACAGAUGAGUAACAUGGGAUCUAUUCCAACGAUGGGAAUGCCACCUUCCCGAUUGCCACAGUCCCAGGGCAUACUAGGAGUGCAUGCCAACAACAUUGGGCAGCCUCCCCCCCAGAGCCAGUUUCUGAAUCAGAACCAGUUCCCUGCAGCCUCUGGUGGAAUGAACGUGAACAAUGUGGGCAUAUCUCAAACUGCAAAUCAGCCUGGAAUGAAUCAGACUCAGGCACCUGGCACUUCACUUCCUUUGAACAAUUCCGUAAGCAUGAUAGGACUACCCAGUGCUCAGAUGCAUUGCCCACCGGUUUCUCAGCCAACUCUCCGGCAAACCCCUUCUCCUGCCUCCGUCUCAGCCCCUGUUGUCGCUACUGCUGCUGGAAGUAUGCCAUCUAUUCAGCAUCCAGCCCCAUCCAACAUCAGUUCUCCUCAACCAGCAACUUCCCAGUCUCAGGCCUCCACUCCAGCUUCCUCCUCAGGUCGAGCCUCGACACCAACUCCAGUGCGGAGCACAACCCCGAAUCAGACUCCACCUCGGACCCAAACUCCAACACGGCCUCCAACUCCAGUACAAUCGCAGCAGUCAGUACCAACACCGCAAUCAAUGCAACAAGCCACUGGGCCACCUCAACCUGCCACUCCUCUCUCUCACUCUGCAGCAAGCACAGAUGGUAAAGUAGCUACCCCAGCCUCUGUGGCUAGUACAGACACAAACUCUCAGCAGCUCAUAACUGAAGCACCACUGUCUGAAACCAAAACAGAGGUCAAAGUGGAAGAAAUGGAAUCAGAGGUACCAGAAACCCAGACAGAAGUCAAAAUUGAGAAUGAUGAAGUGUCUUCAUGUGCACAGUUGAAGGAAGAGAGUAAUGAGAGCCUUGAGACUAAGCAAGAGCCCAUGGAGGAGGAGGAGAAACCAGAGAUCAAAACUGAGCCCAAAGAGGAGGAGGAGGCUGGUGCCAAUGCAUCUUCUCAGUCAUCGGCAUCACCACCUCAGUCACGCAGAAAGUUUUUCAAACCAGAGGAACUACGACAAGCUCUUAUGCCCACACUUGAAGCAUUGUACCGUCAAGACCCAGAAUCAUUGCCAUUCCGGCAACCUGUGGAUCCCUCACUUUUAGGAAUUCCAGAUUAUUUUGACAUAGUGAAGAAUCCUAUGGACCUAUCAACAAUAAAACGCAAGCUGGACACUGGGCAGUACCAGGAGCCAUGGCAGUAUGUGGAAGAUGUAUGGCUGAUGUUCAACAAUGCAUGGUUGUACAACCGCAAGACCUCACGUGUAUAUAAAUACUGUACAAAAUUGGCUGAGGUCUUUGAGCUGGAAAUUGAUCCAGUCAUGCAAUCUCUUGGCUACUGCUGUGGACGGAAGUAUGAGUUCUCUCCUCAGACAUUGUGCUGCUAUGGAAAACAGCUGUGUACAAUCCCUCGCGAUGCCACAUAUUUCAGUUAUCAGAACAGGUAUCACUUCUGUGAGAAGUGCUUCAAUGAAAUCCAAGGCGACAGUGUCACUCUGGGUGACGAUCCUGCACAACCACAAACGACUGGAGCAUGUUUGGAAACGUGGCCUAGGAUGAAUAACACUGAAAGAACCAUUUCAAAAGAUCAGUUUGAAAAGAAGAAAAAUGAUACAUUGGAUCCUGAACCAUUUGUUGAAUGUAAAGAAUGUGGUCGUAAAAUGCAUCAAAUCUGCGUUCUCCACAAUGAAACUAUCUGGCCUUCAGGCUUUGUUUGUGACAAUUGCUUAAAGAAAACAGGCAAAACUAGGAAAGAGAACAAAUUCAGCUCUAAAAGGUUACAAACAACCAGGUUAGGGAAUCAUUUAGAAGACAGAGUGAACAAAUUUCUGCGACGCCAGAACCAUCCAGAGGCAGGGGAGGUGUAUGUUCGUGUGGUAUCCAGCUCAGAUAAAACUGUGGAAGUUAAACCAGGAAUGAAAAGCAGGUUUGUGGAUACAGGUGAAAUGUCAGAGACCUUUCCUUAUAGAACCAAAGCACUUUUUGCUUUUGAGGAGAUUGAUGGUGUGGAUGUCUGUUUCUUUGGAAUGCAUGUGCAGGAAUAUGGCUCCGACUGCCCAACUCCUAAUACAAGGCGUGUGUACAUAUCUUACCUCGACAGUAUUCACUUCUUCCGCCCAAGGUGCCUCCGAACUGCAGUCUAUCAUGAAAUUUUAAUUGGUUAUCUGGAAUAUGUGAAAAAACUUGGCUUUACACAGGGCCAUAUCUGGGCAUGCCCUCCCAGUGAAGGUGAUGAUUACAUCUUCCACUGUCACCCAGCAGAUCAGAAGAUCCCCAAACCCAAACGAUUACAGGAAUGGUAUAAGAAGAUGCUGGAUAAAGCUUUUGCAGAACGAAUCAUACAUGAUUAUAAGGAUAUCUUCAAACAAGCCACAGAGGACCGGCUGACCAGUGCAAAUGAGUUGCCUUAUUUUGAAGGUGACUUUUGGCCCAAUGUACUGGAAGAAAGCAUAAAGGAGUUGGAGCAGGAAGAAGAGGAACGCAAGAGGGAAGAGAACAGCAUACCCAGUGAAACCCCUGAUGGAAAGAAAGGAGACAGCAAAAAUGCAAAGAAAAAGAACAACAAGAAAACAAAUAAGAAUAAAAGCAGCAUUAGCCGAGCCAACAAGAAAAAGCCUGGAAUGCCGAAUGUAGCUAAUGACUUGUCACAGAAGCUCUAUGCCACCAUGGAAAAGCAUAAAGAGGUAUUUUUUGUGAUCCACUUCCAUGCUGGACCAGUGGUGAACACCUUGCCUUCCGUUGUGGACCCUGACUCCUUGCUGAGCUGCGAUUUGAUGGACGGCCGUGAUGCUUUCCUGACGCUGGCCAGGGACAAGCAUUUGGAGUUUUCGUCAUUGCGCCGUGCAAAAUGGUCCACCAUGUGCAUGCUGGUGGAGUUGCACAAUCAAGGCCAGGAUCGAUUUGUCUACACAUGCAAUGAGUGCAAGCACCACGUAGAGACACGGUGGCAUUGCACGGUCUGUGAGGACUACGACCUGUGUGUCAACUGCCACAACAUUAAAGGUCAUGAGCACAAAAUGGUUAAAUGGGGCUUGGGGCUAGAUGAUGAGAGCAGUAACCAGCCAGAUCCACUUUCUAAGAGCCCGCAGGAGUCUCGCCGCCUCAGCAUUCAGCGCUGCAUCCAGUCUUUGGUCCACGCAUGCCAGUGCCGCAAUGCCAACUGCUCGUUGCCGUCCUGCCAGAAGAUGAAGCGAGUUGUCCAGCACACCAAGGGCUGCAAACGCAAAACCAACGGAGGCUGCCCUGUCUGCAAGCAGCUUAUUGCCCUCUGCUGUUAUCACGCAAAACACUGCCAAGAGAACAAAUGCCCUGUGCCAUUCUGCCUCAACAUAAAACACAAGCUACGCCAGCAGCAGCUGCAACACCGACUGCAGCAAGCGCAAAUGCUCCGCAGAAGGAUGGCCACCAUGCAGCGCGGAAAUGUGCCUCAGCAAAGUUUGCCUUCUCCUACCUCAACCGCGCCUGUUACACCCACUGGACAACAGCAGCCCAGCACCCCUCAGACACCACAGCCUCAACCCCCACCUCAGACCCCGCCAUCCAACAGCUUGCCGAGUGGCUUUCCCAAUCCACCGAGGACUCAACCCCCCACCACUGUCUCACAAGGAAAGCCCACAAACCAGGUAGCACCACUUCCCCAAGCCCCUCCUGCUCAACCCCCACCAGCUGCGGCAUUGGAAGUGGCCAGGCAGAUUGAGCUGGAGGCCCAGCAGCAACAGCAGCUUUACCAAAUGGCAAACAUGAACAAUGGUCUAGGGAUGGCACGACAAAACAUGAUUGGGCAGCAGAUUGGGCCUGUCAACCAGAUGCCAGCCGUGGGUAUGAAAGUUGCUCGGCCUCCAAUGGGUCAGGUGAUUCCUGGCAUGCAGCCAGGGCAGUGGCCACAAGGAACGACACUAUCACAGUCACAGCCUCUGCAGACUGCCAUGUCAAGAAGCGGGAUGCAGAUGACAUCGCCGCAGACAUCAUCAGGGCAGAGAAUGCCAGGAGCCCAACAACCUCCACGGAGCAACAUACCCCCAAAUGCUCUCCAGGACCUCUUACGAACACUGAAAUCACCCAGUUCCCCUCAGCAGCAGCAGCAGGUGCUUAAUAUUUUGAAGUCCAACCCACAACUUAUGGCAGCAUUCAUAAAGCAACGAACAGCUAAGUACCAGGCUAAUCAACCUGGCAUGCAACCUCAACCUGGCAUGCAACCUCAACCCCAGCCCAGAAUGCAGCAAGCGGGCAUGCACACUCAAGCAGGCAUGCAGAAUCCACUGCAGAAUUUGAACCCCAUGCAGGCAGGUGCCCAGCGGCCUACCUUAUCCCCGCAGCAGCAAGGCUUGAGCAGCAUGAAUGCCCAGGGUCAAACCAUGAACAUGAUGAAUCCCGGACACAACCCUAACUUGGCAACUAUUAAUCCACAGUACAGGGAGCUGCUGAUCAGGCGCCAGCUCAUACAACAACAACAGCAGCAGCAAGGCACUGGCAUGGCUGGAGGAUUGGCAGGGCACACCCAGUUCCAGCAACAACAAGGAUCAGCUUAUCCGCAAACCAUGCCACAACAACGCAUGCAGCAGCACAUGUCCAUGCAAGGUGGGCCUAUGGGACAAAUCACCCAGAUAGGACAGAUAAACCAGCUGAGUCAGCCAGGGAUGGGAGCUGACGGGACUCCAACCAUCCAACAGACGCUACAGCAACGGAUUCUGCAGCAACAGCAGAUGAAGCAGCAAAUGGGCUCACCAGGCCAGCCCAACCCAAUGAGCCCCCAACAGCACAUGCUCUCAGGACAGCCGCAGUCAUCUCACCUUCAGAGCCAACAGAUUGCCACUUCCCUCAGCAACCAGGUGCGGUCUCCACAGCCGGUACCCUCACCACGACCCCAGUCCCAACCUCCACAUUCCAGCCCAUCACCAAGGAUACAGCCACAACCUUCUCCCCACCAUGUCUCUCCCCAGACCGGCUCCCCACACCCAGGACUAGCAGCACCCCAGGCUAACCCCAUGGAUCAGGGACACUUUAGCACCCCAGAACAGAGUGCGAUGCUUCCACAACUGACUAAUCCCAGCAUUAGUGCUAUACAUAGCGCCACUGGCGACUUAGGACUGGGUGCUGACAGCUCCAGCCUAUCAAGCUCCACUAUUACAUGUGACACACUAGAAAAAUUUGUGGAAGAAAACUUGUAGCAUUUGGGAGCAAUUUUUCCUGAGACUUUUUGUACUGAAAAUUUCAGCUGUCUGGGGACGAUCAAUCCCUAGAAGAAACUGCAACUUCCUUAGACAUUGAGGGAUGACUUGCUGUUAAAACACAAAGAAUAUAUUUUUUGUUCAGACUGGUUGCACAUUCUGGUUGUGUUUUGUUUUUUCCCCUUUUUUGUUUCCUGUUUGCUUUUGUUGCUAAUGACUCAUUGCCUAAUUUUUUUAAAUGGAAACAGAGCAAGUUCGUUAUAUUAUUCAUAUUUUUUAUUUUGUAUUUUUCAGACUUUCAGCAUUUUUGUGUUUAAAAACCAGGAAAGAAAAUUUCCUUAAAAAUGCAACAUAUAAUGUAUACCAAUAAUUUUCUGACGUGUUCUGGGAAGGUUUUUCUAUAGUGAAGUCUGUGCGGGCGUUUCAAGUAUUAAAUUUGUAUAGAUAGGAAUAGACCAUUGCACACAUGUACUGGCAAAUGCCAAACUUUGUCUUGCAGAUGUAGAAAUUGUUGCUUUGUUUCAUGAUAAACUGGUUUUAGUGAAACUAGGAUGAUCACUGAUAGAUUGUGCUGAUUUUAAUAGAAGAAAUAUCCUUUCCUUUCCUCCUUUAUUCUCUGUGAAACUUGAAAUGAGAAGAAAGCAAUUAUAGUGUAAAUCAUGCAAGUUAUAUAAUUACUAUAAAUAAGGAAACAAAACUCUCAAUCACUGUAUAAACUGGUUAAAACUCAUUUCUUACUUAUAUACCAUAUUGUUAAAUAAACUGUGUGCAACAGAAAACAGGUUUGUAUUUCUUUAGUAUUUAAAGAAGUGUUU